UCGGCUCCGCUGUGGGAUCCGCCUCUCCUCUUCCUGCCCGCGGAACAGUGAGUGUCUGUCAGCGCCUCACUGCACCGGCUCUCUGCCUCAGGUUAUCUUACUGGAUGAGCCUCUGGGAUGACCUUGACCUUAUGACAUUCUGCAUGAUCAGUGUGUGUACUGGGCCAAUGGCACUAACAUGGGUAAUGCCAUCCGACUCAAUAAACUGAUUGGAAAGACUGGCUCUUACAGGAGUCAAACUGGACACACUGGAGGCCGUGGUAGGACAAAGGACCCUACGGAAAAUCCUGGCAAUUCUGGACAAUGUUUCUCACCCUCUGCAUGCCAUCUUGGCUGAACAGAGGAGCACCUUCAGUAACAGAUUAAGACAACUCUGCUGCUCCAAGGAGCGCUGUAUGAAGUCAUUCUUACACUGGGCCAUCAGGGUCAAUAAUGAGUCAACCUAUAGCCGGGGAAGUGAUGACCCCCCCCCCCCACCCACGUUAGACUGUUGGAGAUUAUAGACUCCAGUAGCUGAAGUGAAGUUAACUGGACUACAGUUACCCGCUUUUCAUCUUCCACCCUUCUUCAACAAUGGUUUUCGACUCCGCUGGGACCUUUCUGUAACAGUUCCAGUGAAUAGAGGCCCAGAGCCGUGAAACUCUCUUCAGUAGACAAGCAAUUUAAUCCCCGCACCCCGGCCUGUCUCUGCCCUUCAGUACUUCCUCCCGCAUCAAACGACAGCGGUAAACCCCGCCCAUUGGUGCCGCUUCCCAUCCCCCAGCCUUCCGAUUGGUGACUCAUUUCUCCAAACAGCCAAUGGAAAUGCUCAGAAUUCCCAUGCUCAUUAACAUACCGCUUUGGGCGCUGCCUAUUUAAUCCGCGCUCCGAGCAGCUUCUGCUCAUUAUUGUGUUUGAAACCGACGAGGAAAUGCCGGAUCCAGCGAAACCCGCUCCCAAGAAGGGCGCCAAGAAAGCUUUGUCCAAACCAGCGAGCAAGACCGGCAAGAAGCGCAAGAGGUCCAGGAAGGAGACUUACGCCAUCUACAUCUACAAAGUGAUGAAGCAGGUUCACCCCGACACCGGCAUCUCCUCCAAGGCCAUGAGCAUCAUGAAUUCAUUCGUCAACGAUAUUUUCGAGCGCAUCGCGGGUGAGGCUUCCCGCCUGGCCCAUUACAACAAGCGGUCAACCAUCAGCUCCCGGGAGAUCCAGACCGCCGUGCGCCUGCUGCUGCCCGGGGAGCUGGCCAAGCACGCCGUGUCCGAAGGGACAAAGGCGGUGACCAAGUACACCAGCUCCAAGUGAAGACAAGUUUACUGACAAAACAAACCGGAAAAUCAAAGGCUCUUUUAAGAGCCACUCACAGUUUCAUUAAAAGAGUUAUACGAUGUUGAGACAUGGAAUUGAGGUAAAUUUGGAAU